AUCUUGCACAGUUUUGUCUGUAGACACUAGACAGGACGGGGAGUUAAACAACUGCGAUUUCCGACGAUGUCGUCUCCCGAGGAGAAGAAGAAGAAGAGGAAGAGGAUGACUACAACCAAGAAGAAGAAGAAGCCGUCGCUUGUGCUCUCGCCGACACCGCAAUCGACACCAAAUCCUUCGCUUCCAGAUGAUCUGCUACUAAGUUGUUUUGCACGCGUCUCGAGAUUGUACUACCCGACUCUCUCACUCGUUUCCAAGAUCUUUCCAUCUCUCCUUGCUUCACCGGAGCUUUACAAGACCCGGUCCUCUAUAGGCCACACCGAGAGUUGUCUCUAUGCGUGCCUACUGUUCCAUCCUGACCGUAUCCCUCGAUGGUACACCCUCUGCCGGAAGCCUGACCAAACCCUAACCACCAAUGAAACUAUGAAGCUGAAGAAAAAGAAGAAGUCAAGUGGGUAUGCUUUAGCUAAGAUCCCAACUCCCCAUUCUGGUCCUGCCCGCUGGUCGGGUCUAGUGACACUUGGUUCAUAUAUCUACAACAUCGGCGGACCUAUCAACGACGGUGACGAGGAGCAUUCGUCUAGCGUCUUGAUCUUCGACUCCAGUUCGAACACGUGGCGCGAGGGUCCAAGCAUGCUGGUGAAGCGGAGGUACCCAGGCGCCAGUGUCCUUGAUGGAAAGAUAUAUGUAGCUGGAGGUUGCAAAGACUGCAGCAGUUCCUCCGAGUGGAUGGAGGUUUUUGAUCCAAAAAAACAAAAUUGGGAGCUCGUGUCAGGCCCUGGCGCUGAGAUAUGUGGUUAUAGUAUAAAUAAAAGUGCAGGGUUUGAUGGAAAGGUAUACAUCUUUGGAAACUCUAAAGGUUUGGCUUACAUACCUGAGGAAAGUCGAUGGGAAAGGGUGGGAUGGGAGAUGGAUACGAGUUGGCCAUGGUAUUCUUACGCGGUGAUUGACAACGUGCUCUACCAAUACAAUGGAGGGUUCAAAUGGUAUGACACUAAGGUAGGGCUCUGGAGGGGUUUGAAGGGUGUGAAAGGACUGCCUAAGUUUCCGCUUUAUAUUGCGAGAUUGGCGGAUUUUGGUGGGAAGAUGGCUGUUUUGUGGGAGAGGGUUUUGGCUUCCACUGGAUUUAAGGACAAGAUGAUUUUGUGUGCAGUGAUUACCCUUGUAAGACGCAACGAUGAAGAGAUUUGGGGCAAGGUGGAAUGGCAUGACACAGUGCUUACAGUCCCCAAGUCAUGCAGGGUUGACUAUGCUCUUGCUACUACCGUUUAAUGAAUAGGAUAUGAGACCGACUUGAAUGUGAUGAAUCUUUUUGUAGUCGUGGGCAAUAGACAUCAUUUCACUUGUAAUGGUUUCGAUCAUAUAAUCGCUUUUGUGACC